GUGCCCAGCCCCGUGUGCCCAUCCCUCCCUGGCCGCCGCUUAAGGAGCGGGUACCAGCGCAUCCUCCGGCCGGGCUGUGGGCUGCGAGCUGUGGGCUGCAGCGGCAGCAGCAGCAGCAGCAGCUCGCCCUGCCUCGUGACAUCACUCCUGAGCUCAAAUCCCACUCGGAGCUCCUUGCCCUACUCAGUCUGCUGGUUUGUCAGCUGUGGCGGAGCGAGGACCCUCCCCAGCAGGGCAGGCAGCUCCCCAGGCAAGGCGAGGCUCGGGAACAGGCGAGGAGAGGGGGAAGAGUCGGCGCGAAGAGGAACGGAACAGAACGGAGGAGCUCCAGCAUGAGAUUAAUCUCCGCUUAUUACUUGCUGCCUUUCUUUCCUGCACUGGUCUUCGGCACUAGACAGGGCUAUGAAGAACUGGAGAGACAGCUGAAAGAAGUCUUCAAGGAAAGGAGCAAUAUCCUUCGGCAACUGUCAAAGACUUCUAAAGAACUUGAGGGCAUUAAAGUAAACCUCCAGUCAUUGAAGAAUGAUGAAGCAUCAGCCAAAAAUGAUGUGCAGAAGCUUCUGGAACUGGGCCAAAAACAAAGGGAAGAAAUGAAAUCUCUCCAGGAGGCCUUUCAGAAGCAGCUUAAUGAGGCAGCUGAGAAAGCAGAAAAGCAGCAGGCUACCAUUAACUUUUUGAAGACUGAAAUGGAAAGGAAGAGCAAAAUGAUCCGUGACCUCCAAAACGAGAACAAAAGCCUCAAAAACAAGCUCUUGUCUGGAAACAAGCUUUGUGGUAUUCAUGCAGAAGAGUCCAAAAAGAUCCAAGCCCAGCUGAAAGAGCUUCGUUAUGGGAAAAAGGAUUUGAUUUUUAAGGCACAACAGCUAACAGAUCUGGAGCAAAAGCUAGCAGUUGCAAAAGAUGAAUUGGAAAAGGCAGCCCUUGACAAAGAGUCACAGCUGAAAGCUCUGAAAGAGACUGUGCAGCUUUGCUUGUCUUCCGUUCUGCACAAUCAGCCUCCCACUAAGAAUCUAAUCCCUUCAAAACCAGCUGAGAAGCUGACAUCCCCAGUUACAAAAGCCUCCAAAGUGCCAUUCCCAGUGACAGGCACCAAGCGAAAUGCCUCAGCAGAGAAAGAGAAUCUUCACCUGGCCUCAAGAAAGGAAGAAAAUCAGAGCAUCCAGGAGUGUGAUUCUCAAGAUGCUGGCAAGACGUGUUUGGGGAACGGCAAUAAUUCAACAUCGCAUUUGAAGACAGCAGAAGCAGAGACGAGCUUUCAGCAGAAGUUGCACAGCCCUCCAUGGACUAAGCCCGAAGAUAAAAAAUCAGCUGAAAGAAAGGAGAAAAAAUUUGAAGAGUCUGUUAGCACAAAAGAAAAAAAACUCUGAGCUCUACUAAACUCCAUUAAAAAAUGCCCAUCACUUGCUUCCAUCUUCAUCUUCUUUUUAGUCCAGAGGCAUGAAAUGUAUCAGGUUUCUCAAGCAUGCAUUUUCCACUAUUUUAUGAAUGUUUGUAAAUUAGUCUAGAAUAGACCAAUUAGUACCUUCCAGCAAUAAUCCAAAAUGGAUGUUUGAAGAAAUGCUUCAUAACCUAGUCUGAUUUUGAACUCUUGUUCUACCUGAUCAGUCAUUGCAUACUACAAAUUAGUUUCUUUGUAAACAGCAGCUGUUCUCAAGUAUUUUCUCAGUCUGUUCUAUUUCAUGUACCUUUAUGGUAGAUUAGGUUUUAAGUCAAGAAUUAAGGGACAGUUAACUUGGGGGGCUGGGGGGAGGGAACAUAAUAAAUCUGUGCAAACAACAUUGAAGUGCAACUCAUAACAGUAACUGUAAAAAUGGGGUGGGGGGGGUCCAUGUAUACUCAUCUUUCAGUAAUACCAUUUCAGAUCUGCUCACUUAAUAAAAGGUGGUUGGUUGGUUGGUUUUUUUCUAACUGCUAUCACAACUAGUCCAUUUUUCAGCCCUGAAGCAU